UAGUGUUAAAACUUCUGUCCAAAAUUUAAGAUUUGAUGUAAAUUUUUAAUAUUUUUUUAAAAAAUUGAUAUAAAUUUUACUAGUGUUAUAUCUUCUAUAUUAAAUAUAUUUCAAAUAAGUACAUCUAUCUGCAAAAAACUCAUGCAUUAUAUUUCACAGUAACUUAGUCUUCAUCUCCAUUAGUAUAAUACUAGAUCUUGAUCCGCGCAACCGCACAUGUGUUUGAUUUCAUUUUUAUAAACGUAAAAAUCUUAUUUUACGUCAUUAGUAGGAAAUAUCUUUAACAUUAACUAUAUUUUAAAAUGUUUAUAUGAUUUUUUCAAACACAAUAACGUAAUAUGUUUGGAGUUGUUAGAGCAUCUCCAACCCAUCUCUAUAAUAGAGAUCUCUAAAAUAGAGGAAAAAAUAGAGACGAUAUUUAGAGGAAAAAUAGCACUCUCUAUUUAUAGAGACAAAUAUAGCAUUCCUCUAUUAUAGAGGAACACAUUAGAGCAAAAACACUGUUUCUAUUUUUUUCUCUAUUUUAGAGAUCUCUAUUACAGAGAUGGGUUGGAGAUGGUCUUAUGUUAUGGAAAAUCUAACUUGAUUUCGUGUAUUAAGAUUGUUAUAAACUAAAAUAUGGAAACAAAAUGUGGAUUUUAUGGUAUUUUAAGAUAGUGAUUUAUUUCUAUAGGAUAAUCAAUAGUUUUAUGGAAUAUCCUAUUGUUUCACGGAUAUUUUUAUAUAAAGGGAUAAAAAGUUUGGAGUUGUUAUGGGAAAUCUAAAUUGAUGUGUUUAUCUCAUUUCUUUAAUUUAAAAUAUGAGACCAAAAAGUUUGAAGUUUUAUUUGGGUAUAUAUAUAAAUCGUCUUGUGUACAAAUAAAAAUAUGUUAAAUAUAGGCAUGUACACAUUUAUCCGGAACCGAACCAAACCGAACUGAACCAAAAAGAGGUUUGCUUUGGAUUUAGAUCUUACUAAUUAAUCGAAUGAUCUUAAAUUUCUAUAACCAAAGAACUGGAUAUAUCGAACCAAGAAUCAAAUAGGUACCCAAAUUUCUAUAAUAUAAUUUACAUACUUAUAAAUCUUAACUAAAUUUAUUUUUAAAAUAUUAAGAUAAUUUAAAAAUACUAUUUAUAAAAAAAAGUACAAAAAGUCAAAUUCCGAGAGGACUUUUUAUCUGAUUUUUCGUUAAAAAUAAUUCUUUUAUCUGAAAAUUUAAAAUUGUCUAAAUUAUCCAAAAUUUAUUUCUGAAAAUACGAAAAAAUCUGAUAUCUAAUUCAAAAGUCUAUUUUUCGAAUUUUGACCUGAAUUAACCAUAAACAAACCAAAAUUUUAACAAAAUUUGGUAUAAAGAUUACUAGUGUUAUAUCUUCUACUAUAACAUAUCUUUUUGCAUUUUUGUUCUAUAUAUUUUAUUAUAAGUUUUAAAUUUAAUCAGCAUUUUGAUGAAAUUUUUUUAAAAAAUAUAUUUUUACAAAAUUUUAGGUCAAUUCUAUUCUACGAUGACUCAUGUUAAUCGAGGAAUUUUUUCUUCUUUCCGUUAAUAAGAUUUAUGUGUGUUUUGUUGUCUUUCCUUUUAUUUGUUGUCGUUAAUAUUUUUGUGUCGUUUAGUCUUCUUCUUUUAAUUCAUUAUAAAUGUUAUAAAUUAUGUCAAAAUUUUGAAAUUUAAUGUAAAAUUUAAUAUUUAACAAAAUUUGGUAUAAAAUUUACUAGUGUUGUAUCUUCUACUACAAUAUUUUUUUUCAUUUUUGUUCUAUAUAUUAUUAUUAUUAUUAUUAUUAUUAUAAUUAUUAUUUUAAAUUUAAUCAGUAUUUUAAUAAAAAAAUUAAAAUAAAAUAUUUUAUAAAUUUUAGGUCAAUUCUAUUCUACGAUGACCCGUCAAUUCUAUUCUACGAUGACCCGUGGUAAUCAUUGAAUCUUUUUCUUCUUUCCGUUAGUAAGAUUUAUGUGUGUUUUGUUGUCUCUCCUUUUUAGCCUAACGAAUUUUUUUUUUGUUUUUUCGGUUUUUUGUCGUUAUGUUGUCGUUAAUAUUUUUGUAUUAUUUAGUCAUCUUCUUUUAAUUCAUUAUAAAUGUUAUAAAUUCUGUCAAAAAUUCAAAAUUUAAUGUAAAAUUUAAUUUUUAACAAAAUUUAGUAUAAAAUUUAGUAGUGUUAUAUCUUCUACUAUAACAUAUUUUACAUGUAUUUCAAAUAAGUACAUAUAUAUGCAAUAAACUUAGUAAAUUAUAUUUCACAGUAACUUUAUCUUCAUCUCCAUUACUAUAAACAUACGGAAAAAUAUAUAAUGUUUCAGACGAGUUAAUUUCUAACAUUUCUUUGUUUUCUUGCUUCGCUUAUAUAAUAUAAUAUUAUAUUUUUAAUCAGUAUUCUGAUAGAUUUAAACAAAAGAUAAUUAUAAACCAGCAUAUCAUUAGAUAACAUAUUGGAUUAAUUUUCUACAAUUGCUUACAUGUAAUCUAGCCAGUGGAGUGUUUGGAUAUUAUACAAUAUUUUUUUCCUAAAUCAAACAAAAGUCUUUGCAUGCAGGUACUUUAUUACAUCUACUACUUUAUUACUAAAAUACCGUAUACGCAUUUAAUAAAGAUUACUAGUCAAACAUAAAAUAUUUACUUUCUUUUGGCAGCAUCUUCAUUCAUUAUACAACUAAUUAAACUUCCGGCAAAGGAUACCUUAGGAAUUUCACUUUAAAAAAAUACAUUUUCCUUAAACCAAAACAUAACCAUGUAAUGACAACAAAGCAUAUAUAAGAUAUUAUCUUAACAAAAAUACGAAAAACACCCUUAAAGAAGUCAAAUAUUGUCUAGUCUUUGAUUAUACAAUCAUUUGUCUUCUACUAGUAUACCACUAUUAAGACAGUGUAACCGUUACAUUAAUCAACUUGCAACUUUCUUCAUGGACUAACAUCCUCACAGAUUCUCAGAUUCUUCCUUUAUAACACCAUGGCUCCCAUCAAUCUUAUCAUCAUCAUCUCUCUGUUUUCUCUAUCUCUCUAGAUUACUUAAGAUGGAUUUUCGACUUCAAUUACUUGGUGAUCGCCCCCGGUGGGGCAGUUCGACGUCUGAUGUUGAAUUAAAAUUUUCAUACGUGGCUAUGGUUUUCUUUGGCUGGAUAAUUGUGGCGACGUUUAUUCUCAUGCGUGUUUCCCACCCAACAAAUGUCUGGCUUGGACCUAACGCUUCCAUGCUUGUUCAACCAAACUCCAUCUUUAUCAAAAGCGUUAAGGUGGAAAAUGUGUAUGGUUCUGAACCUGGUCUUCAGCUGUUUGGGUUCUAUGCAUCUCCUCCUGUUGCUAUAAUGAAUUGGUCUGAAUCUCGUUUGGUGUCUGUCUCACAUAGAUCUUACGGGGGAUGGCCUUACUAUCUGAACAAAGGAGCUUCGUUGAAUAUUUCAUUAAAUGUUAAACCUGAAGGCAGUUCAGUUCGGCUUGUGGUCAAUAAAGGAACGGCCACUCGCUGGUUGUUGGAGGAACCUCCAUUUGGUGAUCUGAUUCAAGGGAGUGGUGUGAUUCAAGUGAACGUAAGUGAAUCUGAAACUUAUUAUCUUAAUGUGGCUAACCCGAACUUGAAGGACGUAGAGGUUGAGUUGGAUAUUGAUGUGAGGGCUGUCGUGUAUGAUACUAAAGAACCACCAUUCUACGAGUGUAACUUCAGCAACGGCGAGUGCACAAUCAAUACAAUGCCUUUUGUUGGAACUUCUAUUGUUUUAACUUCAGCAGCACCUAGACCGGGAGUAUUAGCUGAAGAACAAGAAUGGUUUAUCAGAAUCUCGCAUCAAGUUAGAUGGACUUCAUAUGCCAUUGUCACAGAUAGACACGUAAUGGAUGAUGAUUCAUCGAUUACAAGUAUACUUGUACACAAAGAUGACGAUGUUUCAAGCAUGUGUUCCUGGAGUGAGUCUUUUGCAGCAUAUGAUGCUGAUCGUGAAGACUUUAGUGGCAAUGAAGGUGAAGCAAGUUAUGGAACUAAAACUCGCUGUGCCAUUUGUUUUGAUGCGAAACGCGAUUGCUUUUUCCUCCCAUGUGGCCAUUGCGUCGCUUGUUAUCAGUGCGGAACAAAGAUAACAGAAGCUGCUGGGAGUUGUCCAAUAUGUAGAAAGAAGAUAAAGAAAGUGAAACAAAUUUAUACCGUCUAAAAUAUAUGAAUCAAUGUAAUGAAAAUAUAAAGCCUAAUAAUAAUAAAAAAUAAAAUUAAAAUAU